AUGGUGUUCACAGUACGAGCUGUGCACACCUUUGUGGCUGAACAUAGCGAUGAGUUGGAAUUCUCCGCAGGAGAAGAAAUAGUGAUAUUAGAAAAAGAUGAGGCAUUUGGAGAUGGAUGGUGGAGAGGACGCAACAGCAAAGGAGAAGAAGGCUUGUUCCCAGCUACAUACAUCACCGACGGCGCCUCGACACCUCAGCACGAACACAUCGAUCUUCCUGUGACGAAGGCCUCUCCUGAACCCUCGACAGUGGACACAAAUGGGGAUAUUAAAAUCAACAACGGUCACCUCGCUGCGCCGACGAUUCCUAUACCCGAUGAAUCACCAAGAGGUACGCAUGACGCAUCCGGUGGACUUCUCGAUGGAGCUGUUGCAGCUGUUGAAACCACCGCGGUGACAGUUGGAAAUGUUAUGGGCAGAACAAUCGGUGAAAUCCAAGAUGUCAUAGAGUCCAUCACAGCCAAACCUGAGAGUGAUGAUGAGGAAGAAUUGGGAAUAGGACAGAAUGCUAGAGCCAAGUUAGCUGAGCAAGCUCGGUUGGCCAACGAACAACGAGAGAAUAACCCUAAUACCGAUGGCAGUGUGUCAGGCUUGGUAUAUUCCGAUGAGAGCGAGGAUGAGGAUGAUGAUGUUAGAAGGAGUCCUGGCAUCAGAGGUAUUACGUCACCCGCUCUCAACGGGUUCCAUUCUAGUCCUAUCGCACUCGACCAAUCCACUUUCGCCAAAGCACCUUCACCUGUUGCCCCUCCUCUUAUCUCCCGGUCGUCUAAUCACUCAUCUAUCCGACUGGAACCCUCGACAUCAGGAGGUACAUUGGAGCCUCCUGCUCAUAUUCCUUCCACCCCGCCGUUCGAGAAACCCACCAACACCGCUCGUUCCUCAAAUUCUGGAUUCCCAAGCAAACCUCCUAAUACUUGGACUGUAGAUGAUGUCGUCGUCUGGGCCCAAGCAAAGGGAUUUGAUGAAUCAAUAUACGAGAAGUUCCAAGGUGAGUUCAUCCUGGCCAUGACCAAGCUGACAGCUUAG